UUUUACCAUUUAUGGGUGUCAUAAAAUUUGCAUUCGAAUAAGUUACAGAUUUCUAAAAUGUUGUGCUCCCAACCCAAAUCAGUUCUUCCUCGGAUGCUCAAGUGAAAACACUCACCAAAAUGUUGGAAUCAUAUCGUACAACUCUUGUUUUGCUCCAUAUUCUAUUAAUCCUUUUAUACAUUUGGAUAAAAUCGUUUUACAAGUUUUGGCAAAGAAGUGGAAUUCCAUUCAUAACACCAAGUUUUUUGGUUGGAAAUUUUAAAGAAAUGCUCACGUUGAAGCGAUGUCCCGCAGAACAAUUUCAAGCAAUGUAUAUGCAUUCGACAACGGCUGAGGAACCACUUGUAGGAAUUCAUAUCUUUCAUAGAGCUGCUGUUCUCUUGAGACAUCCUGAGUUGGUGAAAAGAGUUUUGGUGAAAGAUUUUACUAAGUUUUCUGAUCGAUACUCAACUUCAGAUCUGUAUGCUGACUCAUUGGGCUCGAAAAAUCUGUUCUUCAUCAAAAACCCAGCUUGGAAGGAGAUUCGCUCGAAAAUCUCACCCGUUUUUACCAGCGGAAAGAUCAAACAAAUGUUUCCCCUUGUUGAAGAGAUUGGUCGUCAGUUGGAUUCAUAUUUGUUAUCGUUGCCAGUUGAUGUAACCAAUCGGUCAACUUGUCAAGAACUCAAGGAAAUAUGUGCCCUCUACACUACAGAUGUCAUAGCUACGGUUGCUUAUGGCGUUCAAGCAAACAGCCUUAAAAAUCCUCAUGGAGAGUUCCGUAGCCAUGGAAGGUUUAUCUUUGACUUUACCACCAAACGUGCCAUAGAAUUCGUGACUGUAUUUUUUCUACCGAGAUUGGUUCCGUUCUUUCGAUUCAAGGUAUUUCCCAAACACUCAGCAAAAUUUCUUCGAUCCACGAUCAAUUAUGUGAUGCGGGUUCGUGAAGAAACUGGUAUGGCUCGAAAUGAUCUGAUCGAUCUUCUUCUGGAAUUUCAACGAUCUGCAAAAGCUGAUAGACGAAAAAGUCAAAUAGCUCUAGAAGGAGAUAUUCUGGUAGCUCAGGCAGCUCUUUUCUUUACAGCUGGAUUUGAGACUUCUUCUUCAUCGAUGUCAUUUGCUCUCUAUGAGCUUGCAAAAAGGCCCGAUUUGCAGAUGAGACUUCGCAAUGAGAUUCGCGAUGCUCUCGAAGAAAAUGGUGGAGACAUCAACUACCGAAUGAUUGCUAAUCUGCAAUAUCUCCAUAUGAUUAUUCAAGAGGUUUUGCGGCUAUAUCCUCCUCUAGGCUUCUUAGAUCGAGAGUGUACAGUGCAAGAUGGGGAAGUAUAUUCAUUUGAUCCAUUUAGCAGUUUGAUUGUUCGCAGGGGAAUGCCUAUAUACAUUCCAGUAUUUGGAAUUCAACGAGAUCCAAAGUAUUUUUCAAAUCCAAAUGAAUUUGACCCGGAAAGAUUUUCACUUGAGAAUAAGUCAAAAAUUGUGCCAUUUACUUAUUUGCCGUUUGGAACUGGACCACAUAGUUGCAUUGGUGAACGUUUUGCCAUGUUACAAGCUAAGAUUGGGCUGGUGAAUUUUUUUCGAAAUCAUUAUGUUACGACUUGUGAGAAGUCAAUGCCAGUAAUGAAGUUGGAUCCAAAAGCCUUGAUAACACAACCUCUGGGUGGAAUUUACUGUAAUAUUGUGAGGGAACCAUUGAUUCAAUAAAUUACAAUUUUAAUAAUAAA